GCUAAGCGUUGCCAUAGAAACACGUUAGUUUGGUUCCUGCGUGGUCCGGUGCGGUAGGUGGAGAAAGGAAAGCCGGACAGGAGGACAUCCCCCUGCUUCAGGUACUCCAGAUUUGAUUCGCCAGCCCAGCAGUACGGCGAACGCAGACUCUCGGACACCAGCCUGGACGAGAAAGGCCGAUCACUUCAUAUUUGUGAGAUUAUAAAUGUACCUUGGAAGUUAACAAAACUCACGUAAGAAGAAUGGAAGAAGACUAUCCUGAAGCCUCAAAUCUUUCUCUAAAAUCUUGGCAUUCUGAAGUGACAUUGUCAGUGACAGGCGAACCACCUAGUGUUGUAGAAGAAGAAACAGCCAAAGAAACAGACAUAGAAAUCAUCCCAGAAGUCAUAGAGCCACUCUCCAUUUUAGAUGUGCUGAGGAUCUCCGCGGUUCUGGAGGAUACCACAGACCAGCUCUCUAUUCUAAACUACAUCAUGCCAGUUCAAUGUGAAAGAAGAGAGAGCUACAACAUGCUGGCGACUGGUGGAGAAAGCGGCAGCCAUCCCAGCGGAGGUGAUGACGGGAAGGUCUCAGGGAGUCAGGACCAUCAGGAGCACCUCACCUCUUGGUGCCACGGGGAUCAUCACUCAAGGUCCCCCAGGCGGCUGCGCGGAACCAUGGCUGUGCUAGUCCUGCUCAUGUACUUGGUGGCGGGUGUUUUAGGGAAUGAGUUUAGUAUAUUAAGAUCACCAGAGUCUGUUGUUUUCCGCAAUGGGAAUUGGUCUAUACCAGGAGAGCGAAUCCCAGACGUGACUGCAUUAGCCAUGGGCUUCUCUGUGAAAGAAGACCUUUCUUGGCCAGGACUUGCUGUGGGUAAUCUAUUCCAUCGUCCUUGGGCUACUGUUAUGGUGGUGGUGAAGGGAGUGGACAAACUCGCUAUACCCCUAGGCAGUGUUAUUUCCUACCCUUUGGAGAAUGCAGUUCCUAUUAGUCUUGACAGUGUUGCAAAUUCCAUUCACUCCUUAUUUUCUAAAGAAACUCCUGUAGUUUUGCAGUUGGCUCCCAGUGAGGAAAGAGUAUAUAUGAUGGGGAAGGCAAACUCAGUUUUUGAAGAUCUUUCAGUAACCUUUCAACAGCUCCACAAUCGCCUGUUUCAAGAAAACUCUGUUCUUAAUUCCCUUCCCCUCAAUUCUCUGAGUAGUAACAAUGAAGUUGAUCUGCUCUUUCUUUCUGAACUGCAAGUUCUGCGUGAUAUUUCAAGUUUGUUGUCUCGACAUAAACAUAUAGCCAAGGAUCAUUCCCCUGAUUUAUAUUCACUGGAGCUGACAGGUUUGGAUGAAAUUGGGAAACAUUAUGGAGAAGAAUCUGAACAAUUCAGAGAUGCUUCUAAGGUCCUUGUUGACGCUCUGCAAAAGUUUGCAGAUGACAUGUAUAGUCUUUAUGGUGGGAAUGCAGUGGUGGAGCUAGUGACUGUCAGAUCCUACGACACAUCACUUGUGAGGAAAACAAGGACCAUCCUUGAGACAAAACAAGAGAAGAACCCACCAAGUCCCUAUAACUUUGCAUAUAAGUAUAAUUUUGAGUAUCCAGUGGUUUUCAACAUGGUUCUUUGGAUAAUGAUCGCCUUGGCCUUGGCUGUGAUUGUCACCUCUUACAAUAUUUGGAACAUGGAUCCUGGAUAUGAUAGCAUCAUUUAUAGGAUGACAAACCAGAAGAUUCGAAUGGAUUGAAUUUUCCUUCCACCAAAAUUAGAAAAGGUUUUAGACAUUAUCUGUUUUGUGAAAAUAGUUUAGUAUCAUUUAAAGUAGACAGUAUUCUUUAAAUUUAAAAAAAAAAAAGCAAUUUCUCUAUUUUAUGUGUACCUGUGAAGUUGUUUUAGAGUAAAGUAUGGUGUUGACAUGAAUUGAUUUGUGUGAUAGAUUCCAUAACAUGCUCAAAUACUGUAACCAUUAAUUGUAAUUUCAUUCCAUUUAGCAUUUGAAAAUAAUGUACUGAAAUAAAUGUAAAACAUUUA